AUGCUUUGUGGAUUCGAUCGAGAAUACUGCCAGGCCAAGAGGAGCGAUGCAAUAACGAAGACCAAUAUUAACAGAACUGUCGACAAGGGUACAGGAUUCGCCCGAGGUCACAUGAGCACGACAGAAAAGCGUAGUAGUAGGGAAUUUGCUGGCCAAGAUAGACACCGAGCUUUGGACGCGGAAAGGCAAAAAGACAGGUUUUACGAGAAUCUGUUCGCCUUCCUCGCAGUAUUAUAUCCCAGUCCCGAUCAGAACAACCCAAACACCACGCGCUUCGAUGUAGACCCACCCAAGGCCGUCUUGUCGAUGUUGGUUAACAGCAAGGUCCUCGAUAAGGCCGCGGAGCUACUCAGAAACGACAGCUUAGACAAUGUGACCAAGAGAAAGAACCUCUACAUGGCGUUCUUUGGUUUUCUCCGCAACGUCGGAGUUCAUGAACUAUCGAAAAAGGCUGUCAUGUUCAAUGAGCGCGUUGUGUUGCCGGACACUAUCAAUCUCCUAACGCUGUCUUUCCAAGGUCUCCCAGGAAACGUGUCCGGGGAAAAGGUCUCUGCACUCGCCAACAAUCUUCGUAAUCUGAACAUUCAAAGCCAGGUCAUGCUGAGUGGUGCCCAGAGGUCACGGCACGAGUUUCAGGAUGAGCAGAGUACGGACCUGUUAUGGCUCUGCCGUGAGAUCUCUGACCUUUCCCAGUACCUCCAGAUUGGAGACGGCCACGCAGGACCAAUUGAUCAUGGCAUUAUUGAAGUACCGGACGACCAGAUCUGGCCCAUUUUCCAUUUUGCGAGGGAAGCACAGAUGUUCAUUCAAUCACCAAGGGGUCGUAUCAAACGACUCAUUACCGAGAUAACGACACUGAAGACAGGGCUGUCUUCUGGCAUAUAUGUCAAACACGGCAUGUCCAGACUUGAUGUGAUAAAGAUUCUUAUUGCAGGUCCCGAAGGCACGCCAUAUGAGAACGGGCUUUUUGAGUUUGAUCUCUGGUGUACAGCCGAGUUCCCGUAUAAACCACCACGAAUGUUCUUUCGCGGUGCGCAAGGUGCCGAAGUCUGGUUCAAUCCCUAUCUCCACAUGGAUGGAGUAGUGUGUCUUUCUCUUCUUGGUACUCAUAUUGGACAUCUGCCAGGCGAGAAAUGGCGUCCAGGCGAGAAAUGGCGUCCAGGCGAGUCGACUAUCCUUCAAGUCCUAAUCAGUAUCCAAGCAAUGAUCUUCGGCGCUAGUCCUCUCGACCACAUCCCAGCGGAUGUCCCAAAGGCAGGUUAUCAAGACCUUUUCGGCAUCAACAUGAUUAAUAGCUUGACAACAAAGUACGCAAUACUGGAUUGGGCCCGUGAUCCACUCGAUUUCUGGAAAGAUGUUGUAAACAUUCAUUUUCACAAGCAUGCAGACGCGAUUCUGCGUACAGUCGAGCGUUGGGCAGUUGGCGAUAGGCGUACUAAAAGCCAGUAUCCCACACAACGAUUCACCUUGCCACUUGUGCGACAACGUGAAGUGGAUUUCGCAACAAUACUACCACAACUACAGGUAACUCUCCAAGGAUACGGUGCAACGUACGCUCCACAGAUAGCGCAUUCGCAUAGCCAGAAGGAUACAAACAGCGGCAGGGCCGGAUAUGAAUCGCAGAUGCCGCCUCAUGCACGAGGAGGUCGUUUCAAUGGUCUUGGUGGCAUGGAGGGUUAUGAAGGUCCUGGGUUUCAAUUUGGGCGCGGAUCCUGA